AUGCCUGCUUAUCUCAACGUAGAGACCAUCCGAAACGCUGCCGAGCUUAUAAAUUCUACGCUCGUGACGAAAGGCCACAUCAGCGAGGACCUCAAAUUUGUCACCACAAAUUGGGCAGAGCUAAUAAGCGACCAGCCCGACAAGAAAGCCUUGGAGACGCUCACGGUGCAGGAAGGCAUCUAUAACAAUGACAAGAACGUGGUCAACGCCAUUUAUUCUCUUGUCCAGAGCAUCGACAAGCAUAACCGCCAGCACGAGGCGUCCAACCAGGUGUUGGCCGAAAAAGAGACCGAAAUCGCAAGGCUACAGCGCAAAUUGCACCGGGCAGAGCUGGAGACAUCAGCAUGCGAAAAGAAACUCGCCCGGGUCCUCCACACCGACUUGGCCACGCUCACACAGCUCAAUGAGCAGUUGGAAAAAAGAACCAGGGCCCAAACCCGCGAGAUCCUGCGCCUCAAAAACCUCAACUGCGAGCUCCGCAGCAAGUAUGAAGUGGAGCGAAGGCGCAUGGCUCUCGAGAGUUCCGAGCUCAAAUCCGCCCUCUUGCACUCCCGAGGGCUAUCAACGGCCAUUUCAUACGGCCGGCCGAUGAAAUUUGGGAGUGUCCAGAGCCAUGCUUCGACCCCCGAGCCUGAUCCAAAUCCCCACUUGGUGCACGGCAAUAAACCGUCGGUCAACAACACAGAGCCGCGGCCCUUGAUGCACAAAUCGCCGGAAACAUCCGAGAUUGCCAAAAACGAGUACGAGGGCAUUGCCACGCAACUCCUGGAGGUCAUCGAGCAGCUCAUGAACGAAAACGGCAAGUUCGCCAAACUCACACGUGCCCUUACUGCCUACGUGGAAAAGGUGAACGCCAGUAUCCGCCCAGAGAACGUUCGCCGGGAAAACGGACCUGAUCUCGCUAGCCCCGCUGAGUUCAUUGAUGUCCAGUUCAUUUCGGCUGAAACAAACGAGGAGGUGGUGCCUUUUGAGCUUUCCUCUGCACCGCUUCUACGAGGCGUAUACAAUAACUACGACGCCAUAGCCACCUUGGUGGACAUGGCCGUGAACAGCCUGCUUGAGAGCAGAACCUUCGAUGACCAGAGACGCCUGGACAAAAUGGACUUACUCGCGGAGGAAAACAGACAAUUGUCGAGCAGCUUGCAGGACGCCUUGAAGGCAUUAGAAGAGUGGCGGAGACACAAGAAGGAAGCUUGA